GAACUUCUGUUGGACAAACCGGCUGAUGCUGCACCACGUCCAGUCCGUCAGCAGAUCAUCAUCCCCCAGCGCCGGGUGCCCCAUGGUUUUUUUGACGACCUACCAGAUCGGGCUCGCCACCCUCAAUCAUGGGCAUCGCAUGUAAGCACUCUUUGUGACCGGUUUUCCUCUUUAUUCUAUCCCGACGCCCACGAUACGUCUUCGCGACCCCGCCCUUUCCACUGGGUUCGAAGUCGUCUCUCUGGGAGACCAACCGAUGAAGAUAUCCAGCUUCGCGAGGGUCCCUCAGCAGUAGUCGAUGUUCCCUAUGCCAAGGGCAAACGUAGGAACGCAUGUGCAAGAGAAAGACGGAUGAAAAUAAUUCCAUUGAAACCUGGGAACUCUGCCGCAAGCACCUCACGUCCUCCCAAUGGCAAUAACACACAACAUUCUAAUGCCGCUUCUCAAGCCCAGUCCUCUCAAGCACACGCUGCUGUCUCCACUGCCACUGCACCUCCCGUCGUCACUAACACUACUCCAAACACCAAUCCUCAUGUCAUAAUCAGAUACGCUGGACGCUGGACUCGUUUUGGGCUCUCCAUAUGCUGUUCCUCUUCUGAGUAUGCUGACGGUCAUAAUUAG